GAGAGUUGGACUGCUAAGCAGGCGGAGCGAGGCAAGCUUGCUGGGUGAGCUCAUCCCGGGCGCUGGAGAGGGAGCGAGCAGCGGCUCACGCAGAAGCAGCAGCAACUUUGUUGGCUGAAAUGCUCCCUGGGUAUAUUGUACAGUGAUGCUGACAAAAGGAAUAGGAACUUCAAUUAUGUUAAUGAGUGAUCAGACAAACAAAACUUGAGGUACCUUCUUGUUUCAAUAGAUAGACGUUUAGCUGUCCCAACAACAUAUGGAUUCUUGAAAUUUAGCAAUUUAAAGUCUCUCAGACGCCUAUGUGGAGAGGCCAUGUGGGGAAACAUUGAAAGUUUUACUUUUUACUGUGUGGAUGCUGAAAAUGAAGUUCAUGAAUUUGCCAGGAUGCCAUGAAGCUAUAGAUUAAAGCAAGUUUACCAGUUGAAAGUUCAUUCUUCAAACGAAGAUUACUAUUUUUUGACAUAUGGAAGGAUGACUACUUUUUGAAAUGGAUGGAUUAAGACUUCUAAGAAGUCAAAAGUGAUUGAACAACGGUCGUUCGUAGAAAAGCUGCAUCUGUAGAACAUUUGCCAUUAUAUUACAUGAUCAUAACUGGGAUCUCAUGCAACCUUUGUGUUUUCUGGAUAACCUUCUCCGGAAGAGAGUUAUAAAUGUGAAAGGCAGAGAUGGCUGUGUUUUCUUUUGGAGCUUACUAAGGAUAAACACGUUUUCCAAUAAUGACCAGUUUGAAGCGGUCCCAGACUGAAAGGGCUGUUGCCACCGGAGUGUCAGAUGGAACUCCUAAAGUCCACUCAGAUGACUUUUAUAUGAGACGCUUCAGGUCACAGAAUGGUAGCUUGGGAUCUUCAGUGAUGGCUCCAGUAGGCCCUCCACGCAAUGAAGGGUCUCAUCACCUUACAUCUACUCCUGGAGUACCUAAAAUGGGGGUUAGGGCCAGGAUUGCUGACUGGCCCCCAAGGAAGGAAAAUGUCAAAGAAAAUAGUAGAUCAAGUCAAGAAAUGGAUACAUCAAGCUGCCUUGAUAGUAUGUCUUCAAAAAGCAGUCCUGGGAGCCAGGGGAGCUCUAUUAACUUGAAUUCUAGUGACUCUGUCAUGUUAAAGAGUAUCCAAAACACACUUAAGAGCAAAACAAGGCAGUCUGAGAACCUAGAUUCUAGGUUUCUCACUCCUGAUGGAUACCACAGCUCCCCAAGAAAAGCUCUUCGCAGAAUAAGACAGCGAAGUAAUAGUGACAUUACCCUAAGUGAGCUUGAUGUAGAUAGCUAUGAUGAAUGUAUCUCGCCCAGUUAUAAAUCUGGACCAUCACUGCACAGGGAAUAUGGCAGCACUUCAUCAAUAGAUAAGCAGGGUACUUCAGGGGAAGGUUUUUUUGACCUGUUGAAAAGUUUUAAAGAUGAAAAAUCUGACCAGAGAGGUCCAGGCACCAGCAAAUUCUGUGAACUCCUUAUAGCUAGUGGAAGUAAGGGCUCAGGGUUUUCCUUGGAUGUGAUAGAUGGACCCAUAACUCAGAGGGAGAACCUUCGACUAUUUAAAGAAAGGGAGAAGCCACUGAAGAGGCGUUCAAAAUCAGAGACAGGAGAUUCUUCCAUUUUUCGAAAGCUGCGUAAUGCCAAAGCUGAAGGGGAUCUUGGGAAGUCCUCAGAUCUUGAGGACAGCAGAUCAGAAGACAGUGUCAGGCCUUGGACUUGUCCAAAGUGUUUUGCCCAUUACGAUUGCCAGAGCAUAUUAUUUGAUUUAAAUGAAGUGGCAGUUAACCGGCACAAUGUGAUCAAACGAAGGAAUACAACGACUGGAGCUUCUGCUGCAGCAGUUGCAUCAUUAGCUUCUGGACCAUUGUCCCAUUCUGCAAGUUUCAAUUCCCCAAUGGGCAGUACAGAAGACCUGAAUUCCAAAGGAAGUCUCAAUAUGGACCAGGGAGACGAUAAAAGCAAUGACCUUGUUAUGAGUUGUCCUUAUUUUCGUAAUGAGAUUGGUGGGGAAGGAGAAAGAAAGAUCAGUCUCACAAAAUCUAACUCUGGAUCCUUCAGUGGCUGUGAAAGUGCCUCUUUUGAGUCCACUCUUAGCUCUCAUUGCACAAAUGCAGGAGUGGCUGUUCUUGAAGUACCCAAGGAAAACCUGGUGUUGCACUUGGAUAGAGGGAAGAGAUACAUCGUUGAACACGUGGAUCUUGGUGCAUAUUAUUAUCGUAAAUUCUUCUAUCAGAAAGAACACUGGAACUACUUUGGGGCAGAUGAGAACCUUGGUCCUGUAGCUGUCAGCAUCAGAAGAGAAAAACCUGAAGAAAUAAAAGAAAAUGGAUCGCAAUACAAUUACCGCAUCAUUUUCAGAACUAGUGAGCUUACAACCCUAAGAGGUUCUGUCUUGGAAGAUGCUAUACCUUCAACUGCAAAGCACUGUACAGCUAGAGGGCUGCCCUUGAAAGAGGUGCUUGAGCACGUAGUUCCUGAACUGAAUAUACAUUGUCUCAGGUUGGCCUUCAACACUCCUAAAGUCACAGAACAACUUAUGAAACUUGAUGAACAAGGGCUAAGCUAUCAACUUAAAGUGGGGAUCAUGUACUGCAAGUCUGGACAAAGCACAGAAGAGGAAAUGUACAACAAUGAAUCAGCAGGCCCGGCCUUUGAAGAGUUUCUUCAGUUACUGGGAGAACGGGUUCGGCUCAAGGGAUUUGAAAAGUACCGUGCUCAACUAGACACAAAGACUGAUUCUACUGGCACCCACUCUCUUUAUACAACGUACAAGGACUAUGAAAUCAUGUUCCAUGUUUCCACCAUGCUGCCCUACACACCUAACAACAAGCAACAGCUCUUAAGAAAACGACAUAUUGGAAAUGAUAUUGUGACCAUCGUUUUCCAAGAACCUGGAGCAGAGUCAUUCAGCCCAAAGAAUAUUCGCUCUCACUUCCAGCAUGUCUUUGUCAUUGUCCGUGUGCACAAUCCAUGUACCGACAAUGUCUGUUACAGCGUUGCUGCUACGAGAUCCAGAGAUGUGCCAUCGUUUGGACCACCAAUCCCUAAAGGCAUUACCUUCCCCAAAUCCAAUGUAUUCAGGGACUUCUUACUUGCUAAAGUGAUCAAUGCUGAGAAUGCAGCUCAUAAAUCAGAGAAGUUCCGUGCCAUGGCCACCAGAACCCGUCAGGAAUACUUGAAAGAUUUGGCAGAGAAGAAUGUCACAAACACACCCAUUGACCCUUCGGGCAAAUUCCCCUUCAUCUCACUUGCCUCUAAGAAGAAGGAGAAGUCCAAGCCUCAUCCAGGAGUAGAACUCCACAGUUCUGGUGCUGUUGUAUGGAGUCUCCGUGCUAAAGACUAUAGCAAGGGUGUAGAUAUAGACUGUCUCCUGGGGAUUUCUAAUGAAUUUGUUGUUAUCAUUGAACAAGAUACAAAGAGUGUUGUGUUCAAUUGCUCCUGCAGAGAUGUCAUAGGGUGGACUUCAACAGACACAAGUGUCAAAAUUUUCUAUGAAAGGGGUGAAUGUGUUUCUGUGGAGAGUUUCAAAAACCCUGAAGAUAUCAAAGAGAUUGUCAAAAGGCUAGAGCUUGUGACAAAGGGCUGUGAGUCAGUGGAAAUGACUUUACGUCGCAAUGGACUAGGCCAGCUUGGUUUCCAUGUGAACUAUGAAGGAAUUGUGGCAGAUGUUGAACCUUAUGGCUAUGCUUGGCAAGCAGGAUUACGACAAGGCAGCAGAUUAGUGGAAAUUUGCACUGUGGCUGUAGCUACUCUGAGCCAUGAGCAAAUGAUUGAUCUCCUGCGGACUUCAGUUACUGUGAAGGUUGUCAUUAUCCCACCUCAUGAGGAUUGCACCCCACGAAGAAGUUUUUCAGAAAUUAAUCGCAUGCCGGUGAUGGAAUACAAAAUGAAUGACGGCGGUGUUCCAUACGAGUUCAAGUUCCCUUUCAGGAAUAACAACAAAUGGCAGAGAAAUGCUAACAAGGGACAAGGGCCUCAUGGGCAGCAAAUGCCAUCCCAGAUGCAAAGUCCAGCUACCACUAGGGUUGCCUCAGGGAAAGGUGAAGGGAAAAUGCCUCCCCCAGAGCGAGCAGCCAAUAUUCCACGCAGUAUUUCUAGUGACGGGCGGCCACUGGAGAGUAGAAGAUUAUCCCCUGGCUCUGAUGUUUACGUCACCGUUUCAUCCAUUGCCUUAGCAAGAUCACAGCAGUGCCGUAACUCUCCCAGCAACUUAUCAUCCUGCAGUGAAACUGGCUCUGGUGGAGGCACCUACAGGCAAAAAUCUAUGCCCGAAGGGUUUGGAAUGAAUCGAAGAUCUCCUGCCUCCAUCGACAGGCAGAACACAGAUACGAGUGGCAGUGGCAAAUCCACCCCCAGUUGGCAGAGAAGUGAGGAUAGCAUUGCUGACCAGAUGGAACCAACAUGCCAUCUCCCUGCAGUGUCGAAGGUGCUGCCAUCCUUCAGAGAGAGCCCCACUGGAAGGCUGAUGAGGCAAGAUCCAGUAGUCCACUUGUCUCCAAAUAAGCAGGGUCAUUCUGAUAGCCACUACUCUAGUCAUUCAAGCAGCAACACGCUGUCCAGCAAUGCAUCCAGUGUCCACAGUGAGGAGAAGUGGUAUGACAGUGGAGAUAGGACUGAGUCAGAGCUGAAUAGCUACAACUAUCUUCAAGGUACUUCUGCUGACAGUGGCAUUGAUACCACCUCCUACGGCCCCAGCCAUGGCAGCACAGCCUCCCUGGGCAACUCGGCAACAUCUCCCCGAUCAGGACUUGUAAAAGAGAAAGUGGCACCACUAUGGCACAGUUCCAGUGAAGUAGUCUCUAUUGCAGACCGGACUUUAGAAAAAGACAGCCACAUGAUGGACAGGAAGACAGAGUCUUCGUUAAGCUUGGACAUUCAUACCAAAAGCCAACCAGCCUCCAACCCUUUAACAAGAGAGAACAGUGCUUUUAGCCUUAGUGAUGCCGUUUCCCAUACAAGUACCAUGAGUUCCCGACACUCUGCCAGUCCCGUUGUUUUCACCAGUGCCAGAAGUUCACCUAAAGAAGAGCUUCAUUCUGCCACUUCACCACAGCUUGCGCCUUCUUUCUCCUCUUCUUCCUCCUCCUCUGGUCCUAGGACUUUCUACCCACGCCAGGGUGCUACUAGCAAGUACUUGAUUGGAUGGAAGAAACCUGAGGGGACAAUAAACUCUGUGGGGUUUAUGGAUUCCAGAAAGCGUCACCAAAGCGAUGGCAAUGAAAUGGCACAUCCUCGGUUGCGCGCAUCAGCCAGAGAUCUUCGUGCCUCACCAAAGCGAGCAUCUAAGUCAAAUAUCGAGGAAGAGCUGAAGAAGCUAAUAGAUCUAGACAGCCCGACACCAGAGUCUCAGAAAAACUUUAAGUCUCCGUUCCCCAGCACUCCUACCUCAAGGCGUGCGUUGCAGAGGACCCUGUCAGAUGAGAGUAUUUACAGCAGUCAAAGGGAACACUUCUUCCCCUCACGAGCUUCUCUUCUAGACCAAGCCCUGCCAAAUGAUGUCCUUUUCACCAGCACAUAUCCUUCUCUUCCCAAGUCAUUACCAUUAAGAAGGCCGUCGUACACGUUAGGAAUGAAAUCCUUACACGGAGAGUUCUCUGCCUCUGACAGCUCCCUCACAGAUAUCCAGGAUCAGAGAAGGCAGCCCAUGCCAGAUCCUGGUCUCAUGCCUCUGCCCGAUUCUGCUUCUGACCUAGACUGGUCAAACUUGGUAGAUGCUGCCAAAGCCUUUGAGGUCCAGCGAGCCUCAUUUUUUGCCACUAGUGAUGAAAACCACAGACCUGUCAGUGUUGCUUCCAACAGUGAUCAAACCGAAGAUCAGCUUCCUGCUCAGAUGAAGCCUUACACUGGUAAAGAAUCUCCUCCUUCUCUUGCUUCUAAAGUGAACCAGCUGGAAAGUAUGCUGAGAAUGUUGCAGGAGGAUUUAAAGAAGGAAAAAGAAGACAAAGCCAAUCUUCAGGCCGAAGUCCAGCAUUUGCGGGAAGACAAUUUACGGUUACAAGAGGAAUCCCAGAACGCCUCUGAGAAACUGAAGAAAUUCACGGAAUGGGUUUUCAACACAAUUGAUAUGAGCUAAGAACAGCACACGUUGAAGCAGACACAUUGGCAAAAAAAGUGAAAUCACCUCUGUAGUGGGACUUUGCUUUAAUACCACACUAAUCAUGACCUUUGAAAGUCCAGUCAGAGCACUUUUACAUCUUUCAUACUCUGAUUACCCUUUUUUUGCAUCUCUGCAAGCACCCAGAACUAUUGCAGAUCAACAAUCAUUGUCUGCCUUUUGUAGGAAAAAAAUAAAAGCAACAAAAAAAGUAAUUUUAAAGAAAAUAAAAGUUUAACUGCUAAAAUGUGAAUGUCUUUAUUUUUUUGCACAUUCUCCUUACCUGUCCUGUACAAAAUGACAUGGGAGAGUGGACCAGAAUAACUUGUCCAUCUGCCUCUAUUUAUUUCUAUUCACUCCUUUGUAUCAGUUUCAGAUUAAUCUGCUUUAUUCUUGCUGCUUUGGCAAAUAUUACAACUUCUAGAAAACUAGGAAGAUGUUUGUUUUGCUGCUUCCUUUCUAUUGUUUCUGACGUAUUCCACAAGCCAGAGGAUGUGAGCUAUGUUUUGGGUGUCACCUUAAUGAUUUGUGCUUGACCAUCCUUAGUGCUAUCUCCACCUACCUUGUAUAGAGCCAUUUCCCCUAGAGUGUGCACGUGUACAAGUGUGUACAGUGUAGCCAGUGGAGACUUGAGCCAUGGCUAUGGCAAGUUACCCAAUUCCAUUUCUGCACAUCUCUUUGAAUCGGUGGUUGUUGCGCCUUUGUUUUCCAGCGGAAGUGCAUGGGCUUCCAGCUACCUAAGGGACAGAAAGGCAGUACAAAUUUGAUAUGCGGAACAGAUAUCCUUUCUCAGGCUCCUUGAGUGAAGAGAAUACUCACUCCUUUUGUAAGAACUGCCCUCUGUGUCUUCCUACCUAGGGACCUUUCUCUCACCAAUCCCUUCCUGAUAGCAUUGCAUAUUUUACAUUUCUUUAAUAGAGAUAGCCCACUCCUGUUGAUCUGGAGAUUGUGUAAUUAUGUCCAGGGUGGAUUCUAGGUUUGGGGAGCUCUUUGGGCCAGACACUCUUCAUCCGUGGGUCUCCUCCUCUUCUCCACUCAAUGCCUUUCUCUCUCCCUCCGGGCCCAAUCUGCACAACUGCCUAGAGGGAAGUAGAGGAUGCUACCCUGCUUCCUCGUUUUUGUCUUUUGCUUGCAAAAAGUCAGCAACAGCAAGGAGGGAAAGGGCCAGGAAGCAGUGUUCUGUGGGCCUUGACAGGGCCCACUCCCGAGAAACGAAAUGAGCCAAAGCUCUUUCUCCGUGCCCCACCCUAGCAGUGUGACACUUAGCACCCUUAUGCAGCACCCCUGAAGUUUGCCUUGGAGAACGAGACAAUACCGACCCCCAGUUUCCAUUGGUGGCCUUUUGACAGAUAACGUGCUGUACUGUUAAGACUGCACACAGCGCCAUGUGUGCCUGAAUGCUGUUGACCUCAAUGGAUUUUCAUUUUAAUAGCUUGCAUAUUGAGACUUUAAUAGGACACGCCAGUGUCGCUGCCCAUGUGUUAUUUCUUAGCACUCGUACAUAUCCAAAAUAAGGCGAAGCUGUGAAGCAACCGUUGCAAGUUGCGCUCCAUGCAGCAGGCGUCUGUCAUAGAAGUAAAUUUUUAAUAACUUUGUCAUCAUUGCCCUAAGUGAAAGGACAAUGGGAGGGCUCCUUUAUUAACAUGAUCGAAGUCUUCCCUUGAUUUUUAGAAUCGGGAGAAGGAAGAAUCCUUACUCUUGAAUCUUUGGCACGUGACUUUUCCAUUAGAACUGCCAUAAAACGUUGCAUCGGCAAGGAAUGAAGUCUUAGCAUUGGGGGAAGAAACCGGUGUGCCCUGCAGCCUGCCUAAGCUUUGUUUCAAGUGGCAUGUGGUAAAUCUCAUUUGUGACCUUCUCUGCAUGUAGCCGUGAUACUCUUUCCUACGCACUGUUGCACCUAACAGCAGCAGCCCAUGCCUGCCCAUUUCACCAACCUUCCUCUCCUUCCCUGUGUUCUAGGCCUCAUUCAUCACUGGAAAUGUUCUUUACCUUCCAUUGAGUCUUCCUGGCCUUCUUUGAUAUGCAUUUUCAUAACUCUUAAUUAACUGUACAAACCCACAUGGUUCGUUCUGACCUACAGCUUCAUUCGAUGAAAAUCCCCUCGGGGUGCUUUUACCCCCUGAUAACAUUUGGCUAUGCGAGAGGAUUGGUUUGAGAGUAUUUCUGGAGUGCUUUCGCAGAAAGAUAGAAUGUCUUAGGGUGUUGUUGUUUUUCAUCUUCAAUAAUUUGUAUGAAGGAGAUCUAUAUAAUGCCUGAAGUAAUUUGUAAAUGGGAAAUAUUGCUAACAUCUCUCAGCAUCCUGACUUAUUUUUUCCUCUCUUUAGUUUUUAUUUUAUUUUAAACAGUGGGACUUGGGGCAGACUAUUUAUUAGAGUUUUGCAACAGAGUUCUUGUAUGAAGCCUCUAAAAGGCUACUUGUAAAAAAUAAUAAUCUGACAAUAAAAUUCAUUUUAAAGGCUCUUCUA